AAAAUAUGAUAAUUUACAUUACGCUUGAAUUUUUAUUUAAAGAUUUCGGAAUCGUCAAAAUUGAAAGGGUAGCAGUCCUGCUAAUAUUCAAUCGAUCGGGAUUGUCGGAUGUCAUUACGGGAAUUUAUAUUCGAGCCCGAUUUUGAGAAUCUGCCGGAAAACGUUUCGAGAAGCGAGCGAUUGUAAGUAUGUAAAUAAAAAAGCAAAUUGCGCCGCGCGGGCAUUCCUCUUCCCUACUCCUCGCGCCAUCUCGAGUGUCGUCGCGUUGUUAUUUACACUCGAUUGUCAUGGUCGCGCGCCCUUCGCACGGGCAUACGCCCUGAAGUUCGCACAUUAAGUACGAGCGCGUCGCGAAGGAAAGAGUGUAAACAGCAUAAACACUUCCGAUCGAGGCAUCUCGAUUAUUUACUGUGUUAAGAAAGGCAAUAAUACUACAUCAACCAACGAGAUGUUUCUACGUGGGUCAGAUUUUUCAACUGUGCGAGUUUUGUGUACUUAUCGAUACGGCGCGACUAAUCGAUUUUGUUGUUAAACAGUAAACAGUUGGCAACAUUGGGGGUCGUCAGUCGCCCCCGAGCACCGGCACGGUCGCGUUCGACAUCCGUUAUUGAUCGCGGAUCGAGCAGAUAAUUCGCCGAUGAGAGACUCGAGUGGCUCCAACAACGGAUCCUAAGGAUCUUCCCAAGGAUCCUCCGAUGCCGAUGACAGUGGUCACGGACGGUGGUCGGUUCUCGCGAAACGGGACGGGUAUCGCGGAGUGCUGCGUUUCGGCAAUUGCGUCGCAAGCGUCGCGUCGUGCGUGAGAGAAGGAAAGGACGGAAAGAACGCGUGUCAGAGGUGCGUGGCGAAAAGUGCGUAUCGAAAGCACCAAAAGAUGAGAGAGGUAGCGCGGUGAAAAGCACUUGGAAGUGCCUCUAACGGAAUAACGACAUCGCGAAAAUUCCGAGGUGCUUACGUAACGCGCGGCGAGUAGUAAUGGCGUACGAGGGGGGAGGGGGGGCAAUGCCUUUUCCCGCCCGAUUUGCGAGGAGCUUCGUCGUGAAAGAGAUCGCGGAUGACGGUUGCGUUCUGGUGAAACAAAACGAGCGUCGCGGAGUGCCGCAUUUCGGGAAUUCCGUCGCGAGUGUUGCGUGUGUGAGAUGAAUGUAAAGUGUUUCGAUACGUAGGAACGAAAGGACGCGCGUCGAAGGUGCACGGCGAAAAGUGCAUAUCGAAAGCAUGAAGCGAGAAAGGUGGCGUGUGAUGAAAAAUGAGCAGUAAUGGCAGCGGAUGAGGAGAGCAACGUAUUUUUUUCCAAUUUCCAGACGUGAUCGUCGAAAAGUGAGUACCGAGGCGAGAUCCAAAUCCAAACCACCGUCGCCACCAGCGUCGCCGACGCCACCGCCUGCGGCUGACACGCGAUUACACCUUCCCCUUUUCCCUCUGAAACUCGUCGACGAAGGAGCUUAAAGUAUGCGGCAGCGUGAGGAGCGGCGGCGAGGUGUGCUGCUCGGCCGACAUGGAAGUGAGAUUGCAGGCGCGGGCACGCGACAAGCACGAAAAGGCUACCAAAGAAACUCUCCAGAGAAUGCACCAGGUCCUGUCUACGAGGGGAAACAGGUUCCACAGUUUUUUCAAGGAUCUUUUGGCGGCGAGCAAACGAGGUUUUCACGAGAUGUUCAAGAAGACCUAUGGUAUCCUUUACGAGCAGAACGCGUACGUCUUCACGGACUUUUUCAAGGAACUAGAGAAUUAUUACGCGAAAGGAACGGUGGACCUCAACGAUGCCAUGGACAAUUUUUUCAACACCCUUUACCAGAAAAUGUUCACCGUGCUCAACAGUCAGUACAACUUUGACAAUAAGUAUCUGGAAUGCGUGGGCGAACACAUGAAGGAGAUGCGGCCGUUCGGGGACGUGCCACAGAAAUUGGGCGUGCAAAUUAAACGUUCAUUCGUGGCUACGAGAGCAUUCAGCCAGGCCUUGACCGUCGCAGCGAAUGUGCUGAAAAAUAUGCAGUCGCUGAAGCCGUCGGCAGAUUGCGCAGCUGCCUUGACCAGGAUGACAGCCUGUCCGGCCUGCAGCGGUAUAUCGGACAACGUGCUGGCGUGCGGCGAUAUGUGUGCCAACGUGAUGAAGGGUUGCUUGGCGCAACAUGCGGCACUCGACACUGACUGGAAUCAGUUCGUCGAGGCUGUAGACAAAAUCGCCGAUCGAUUGCUCGGACCGUUCAAUAUCGAAGUGUUGGUGCGUCCAAUUAACCUGAAGAUCUCCGAAGCGAUCAUGAAUUUCCAAGAGAGCAGCCAGGACGUGUCGCAGCGCGUGUUUACUGGCUGCGGCCGGCCGAUGCUGGGUAGACGUAGACGCAGGGAUAAUCGCGAGCUAGAACUGGAGUCUUUGAACUUUGAUCAGGAAACGUUGACGGAAGAUCGCUCCAACACCGCUGCGAUAUUAGACAAGCUGGUGAAAGAGAUACGCCAGCGGGUGCGGGAUCUCCGACAAUUCUGGGUCUACUUGCCCUAUCGGCUGUGCAACGAUGGUCUGGUUGUGCCACCCAGCAACACGAAAGAAUGUUGGAACGGCACACACGUAGACAAAUAUUUAUAUCCAGUGUCGAAUGAUGGCGAGUCUCAGAUGAUAAAUCCGGAAGUGCGCAAUGUGGGACCAAGACCGACAAUCGUGAGGGAUCAGAUUUUCGCGCUGACCACUAUCACGAACAGGUUGAAGUCGGCGUUCAACGGACAAGACGUCGAUUGGAUUGAUACCGAUGAAACAUGGUACGGUUCUGGCAGCGGUUCGGGCGAUGGUGCGUUCACCGACGAUGAAGAUGGCUUCAACGAGGGCUCCGGCUACGAGGGGUCACACACUGAAUCGGAACCAGAAUCACCAAAGCAGCCGUCGCCACCAGUUGUCCAUGAGGUUGAAACGCCACCGCGGGUGGACAUCGAACCACACAAGGGUACAGGUACGAGCAGUUCGGGCACAAGCAGCAACCAGACCAUCUCCGUGAGCAGCGGAGAAGACAGCAGGCCACAGAUGUCGCUGUUCAGGGCACUGACGACGUAUCUGAUGCCGAUAGUGGUGAUGUGGUUUGGCGGUUGCUUCAACGACUUGCUGUGAUCGUGUGAACUUUGCGACUCUGAGCGUAGCAUUGUGUAAAUAUUGCCCGAUUGCGAGCCGUGAUUCCAACAGUGACGGAAGAAAGAAGGAUCACUUGACGAGUUCGAAUCGCGUGAAUCGCGCGCACAUCGAUUCGUCCCGCGAAUCUCGCGAGGACGCUUCUAGAAGUUGACAAGGACAUUUUCGCGAACGGAGUGUCCUCCGGUCCAUUCCUCGGACAUUCCGUUUCGGCAUUCACCAAAUCGAUUACGUACAUUAAGUCGAUUUAGCGAGUACCGAAGUCGCGUUAAUUGAUCGACCUAGCAAGUAUAUGGAUAUUUGUGACCAUAGCUACUCGCUCUUGCCAUAGAUGAACGGGAGAAAUCUUACGAGAGAUUCGUUUAUCCACGCUACUAUUUGGAUGAGAGACCAUAGUCAGCGAAAUCUCAUGUUUCAUUAAACUCUUACAAUAGUAGUUCUCGUUCCGCAAGAUGCGGAGAAAGAAACGUCAACGUUUCGAAUGUUAGAGCUAAGAAAAUAGUUCCACGAUUGCCAAGCUGAACUUCAGUGAACAUCUGGGAUUCACUUUUCUUCUUCACCUUGCUCCCUCGAGAUGGAUCACGCAGGUGUAUUCUUUCACUGCUCAUGACAUGCAUAAUCAUCUCGUGGGAGGAUUUCCUUUCGCAAUACACAAACAUAUUCCACAAACUCCUAUUGCUUUUGAAAUUUCUAUUUUCGAGGGACGUUCUCAGGAAGGAAUUUUUUUACGUUGGACAAAUAUUACGAGUGUAAUACUGUUAUGUAAUAUGCUGUUACAGAUCAUUGCGCCAUUUAAGGACUUUUCCAAAUUGUAGAUGUACCUAACCGUUAACGUUAUAUCAGACUCUUACUGCCAAUUGUCGAGAUUCAAGUUUCUACAUAAGUAAUAGAUCAUCGGUAGUAGGAUAACAACGCGGUUAUUCCAGUCUAGGUCGAGUUUUUUCGAAUUUUACAUUUGCGGUCGAGCUUAUUCUACUAGAAAUAUGAAUUUAAACAAGCAAAAUAUCGCGCACAAAUACACUAUCAUGAUAAAAAGAUGAUUCGUUCCAAACGAGUCAAAGCUUUAGACACACUCUCUUAUCAAAAUAUUACUGCCAACUCUGAGGAUAUUUGAAAACUUUUUUUGUCUUUUCUAUCUGAAUAUUUAAUGAUAACCGCAAAGUUAUCCUAGUUUAUCCGGUUUUUUGGCACGCGUCGUUUGAUAAGCGGCCAAAGAUGAAACCGUCGAUCAGACGGCGCUGUAUUGCGUGUCGGCAAUCGUUCGGCGAGCGAUUGUAAAGCAACGUAUGUCGAUAGUGCGUCAUAAUUAUUUCAUAAUGUGCAAAUUCGAAACGAUUAUGCAAAGAGAAAGAGAGAGAGAGAGAGAGAGAGAGACAUUAAUUACUUGAAAUACGUAAGAUGGACCGAACGGAGUAUACGAGCGGAAGCAAAGGAGUAUUUAUUAAGUAUUGAUUAUAAAUGCGAUUCGGGAUCUCGCAUGCACGAAUCCUGAAUGCGCGGCAGGAGGCACGAACAAUCAGAAUCCUUGUCCUCGUGACAUUUCACUGUUGCAAAUGGAUUUGCAGAUAAGCUGCGGUCCCGUACGUACGCCAUGUUAAUUAAAAUUAAAGAUUUUAAUUAUAAUUGACUGUGCGUUUAGUCAAAGUUUAGUGUCACUCUAUUAAUGUUACAUUAUUAUUAUUUUACGAUAAUCGAAAGUCGUGAAGAAAUCGCAAAAUACGGGAUCAGCGACGAAUCAACUUGGACAAGAAUUCAAUUUGGCUCAUGUUAUAAACGAGAUUUAUUGACGAAGAGUGUACGUACCGCUCGGUUUUGUCGAAUACGAUCUCUCCGGUGCAACAUGUAACACAAUACAAUCAAUUGGAAAUAACAAUUAACGGGUAAUAAUAGCCUGAGCGAGUACCGGAGAGAGUUACGUUAUCGCGAAACCGAGCUGUAACAUUAAUCUGCGGUAGAAUUAAUAUGGAAGAUGUGAAGAACGUUCGUUACGACGUAAGGUGUAAAUAAAAGGAUAUAGCGGCGAUAAGGAUAAGAGAGUGUGAUAAGAAUGCAACGUGACGCUUAUGCUUUCGGCGUUUAAAAUGAAGCAUACGUGUAUGUGUCAGACUUUAUACGACGAAAAUGGAAAGAGGAAAGCUAUGAAGAGACUAUAGAAAGUAUAGUUACGAAAGAAAUAGAAUCAGAUAGUUCUCCGAUAACGUGAAUUCAGCGUUAUAAAUCAUCGAACGAAAUAAUAGUAUAAGCCAGUAAAUAGUAUAACGGAUUACCUAUUAUUUCUCAUUUUUUUAAAUCAAACUUUAGACACUCUUCACUCUGAAUUAUUUUCCAAUCUAAUCAAAUUACUACAAAAAAUAUAUCAAUAAUAAUUUAAAUAAAUAAUUUAACAGUUUUUUUCAAUGUAAAACAUAAUAUUUGCAAUCUUUUUGCAAUGUUUUUUUUAUGUUGAAAAUGAUUUUGUAAUAACGUAGGUGGAUUUUGUGUCAUAUUUAAUAUUUUAUGUUUAAAUACUUUCACAAGACUUCUUUUGUUAAAAAUAUGGCUUAUACUAUUGUGACCAACGGCUCGUGUUAUCCAGCACUUUGUCGCGUAUCGUUCGCAUAGGAAUUAUUAAUUCGGAGGCAAUAGAGUGUGUUUUAAGGUGAUGGCGAGAGAACGGCGGUCGGAGGCGGACUCCUGUGAUAAAAUCAAAUAGACCGAGCAUUUAUAUGACCGCCCUCCGCACAUCCGCGCUUCUUUUACGGCUCGCUGUCGAAGGAUGAACAAAUAUGCGAGCCCACGAGGGACAUUAUUGAGAAAAAAAUCUAGUGAAAUAUUAAAAUAGUAUAUUACGGAUAAAACUAAUUAUUUGUAAUUAUAUUAUUGUAUUAUUAUUUUUAUUAUUAUAUAUUAUAUAUAUAUAAAAUGAAAUUAAUAUAAAAAAAAAUUGUACGCGAUUCGAGAGUGUUUUGUGCGUGCGCGUGUUUUAAAAAAUCGUACGUGCGAGACGCGCGAAUCUCGAUGGCGUGAAUUCGUUGUUCCCCAGAGAUGUGCACACGAAGAAGACGUAUAUACAUAUUUUCACAUUUACACACAAACACACACACACACACACAUACGCAGGCAUUUAUAUAUGCAGACGUAAUUAUAAUAUUUUUAAUCUUUGCCAAAUUAUCUUGCGAAGAACGUUGCGCACACUUUUAUACAUAUAUAUGUAUAUAUUGUGUAUGUAUGUAUGUAUGUACGUACCGUAUACAUAUAACAUAUUAUUCUUUUUUCCCCUCAUUUUUUCAUUCCUAUCCUUUUUCUUUUAAAAGACGUUGUGUGUUACGAUGAUGCGAAGGUAUCGAGCAACAGGAAACAGGGUGUAACAAUUCGCGAAAGUUUUAUUAACAAUUGAUUUGUAAAAAAAGGAAGGAGAGACUGUAAGUGACGCUUGAACAUAUUUCUCGUUUCGAACGAUUUCUCUCUCCGUCUUCGAGUUUAUUUAUCGGUUUAUCGAUUCGUAUUUAAAGAAUCCAAAUGUUCCUAUUUAUGUGUAUUCGAAGUUGAAGAUAAAAAAAUUAAAAGAAAGAACAUCUUGUUUAGAGGCUUACAGAAUGUACCAUCUAAUCUCAGCGAUUAUAAAGUAGAGAAGAAACACGUUCAGUUUCGCAAAAACGGAAUCCUUUUCAAUCAUAAUUUUAUUCAUGUAUUUUCUCUCUCUCUCUCUCUCUUUGUAUAGGAGGCCGCUUCUACCGAGCUUGCUCUUCUCUGGUGAAGAGAAUUCCGGAGUUUCGCUUGUCGAAAGUAGAUUAAAGUAUUAGAAGAAGGUGAGAGAGAUGUUCGCGCGUGCACUAUUUUUUUAUUUUUUCUCUUCGAGACGAAACAAUCCUCGAAUAUAACAAAGAAAGAAAAAAAUAUAUUACUAUUACUUAAAAAAAAAAUCUCACAAACGCACAUGGUGCGCCCGGAUUCCCCGGUACGGAGUAGACGCGAGAAUUAGAAGGAGAACGAAUUAACGAGUUUUCUAAGUGCCCCACAGUACGAUAGAGAGCAUAUACAUAGAUUUAUACGUAUAUAUAAAUUAGGGCGAAGUUGUAUGCGAGCGUAUACGAGAGUGUGUAUGAGAGAAACUAUGUUGAUUUAUCAAUUUAAUUAAGACACGAUCGUGUUUCAACAGAAUCUAAACUCGCGUUUCGUUUCCUCAAACGAAGCAAGGGUGAUGUGUAAUACGCUGACACGCUAAUUACGCCGACGUAAAGUUUCCUUUGGAGAUCAGUUUUAAACGAAUAUAAGUAAAAAAGAAAACGCAAUAAAUCACGCAGCUUGCGUAUCGCAGUA